AUGGACGUGGUCGUGGAUGUGGACGUGGACGUGGACGUGGACAUGGACGUGGACGUGGACGUGGACGUGGUCGUGGAUGUGGACGCGGACCUGGAAAUGGACGUGGUCGUGGAUGUGGUCGUGGUCGUGGACGUGGAGGAUGUGGUCGUGGACGUGGACGUGGACGUAGAAGUGGACGUGGUCGUGGUCGUGGACGUGGUCGUAGACGUAGACGUGGUCGUCCAUGACGUGGAGGUGGACGUGGACGUGGACAUGGACGUGGUCGUGGACGUGGAUGUGGACUUGGACGUGGUCGUGGACGUGGACGUGGUCGUGGAGGACGUGGACGUGGAGGACGUGGACGUGGACGUGGACGUGGACGUAGACGUGGUCGUCCACGACGUGGAGGUGGACGUGGACGUGGACAUGGACGUGGUCGUGGACGUGGACCUGGACGUGGACGUGGACGUGGACAUGGUUGUGGACGUGGACGUGGUCGUGGAGGACGUGGACGUGGACGUCGACGUGGAUGUGGACGUGGACGUGGACGUGGACGUGGAUGUGGACUUGGACGUGGUCGUGGACGUGGACGUGGUCGUGGAGGACGUGGACGUGGAGGACGUGGACGUCGACGUGGACGUGGACGUGGACGUGGUCGUCCACGACGUGGAGGUGGACGUGGACGUGGACAUGGACGUGGUCGUGGACGUGGACCUGGACGUGGACGUGGACGUGGUCGUGGACUUGGACGUGGUCGUGGAGGACGUGGACGUCGACGUGGACGUGGACGUGGUCAUGGACGUGGUCGUGGACGUGGACGUGGACGUGGUCGUGGACGUGGAUGUGGUCGUGGACGUGGACGUGGACGUGGACGUGGUCGUGGACUUGGACGUGGACGUGGACGUGGACGUGGACGUGGACGUGGUCGUGGAUGUGGACGUGGUCGUGGACUUGGACGUGGACGUGGACGUGGACGUGGACGUGGAUGUGGACGUGGACGUGGUCGUGGAUGUGGUCGUGGACGAUGUGGUCGUGGUCGUGGACGUGGAGGAUGUGGUCGUGGACGUGGACGUGGACGUGGAAGUGGACGUGGUCGUGGUCGUGGACGUGGUCGUAGACGUGGACGUGGUCGUCCACGACGUGGAGGUGGACGUGGACGGGGACUUGGACGUGGACGUGGAUGUGGACUUGGACCUGGACGUGGACGUGGACGUGGACGUGGUCGUGGACGUGGUCGUGGAGGACGUGGACAUCGACGUGGACGAGGACGUGGUCGUGGACGUGGUCGUGGACGUGGACGUGGACGUGGUCGUUGACGUGGACGUGGUCGUGGACGUGGACGUGGACGUGGACGUGGUCGUGGACUUGGACGUGGACGUGGACGUGGACGUGGACGUAGUCGUGGACGUGGAGGACUUGGACGUGGACAUGGACGUGGACGUGGACGUGGACGUGGACCUGGAGGUGGUCGUGGACGUGGACGUGGUCGUGGACGUGGACGUGGACAUGGAGAUGGACGUGGACGUGGACGUGGAAGUGGACGUGGACAUGGUCGUGGACGUGGACGUGGUCGUGGACGUGGACGUGGACAUGGACGUGGACGUGGACCUGGACGUGGACGUGGACGUGGACAUGGACGUGUACGUGGAUGUGGACGUGGACGUGGACAUGGACGUGGACGUGGACGUGGAGGACAUGGACGUGGACAUGGACGUGGACGUGGACGUGGACGUGGACGUGGACAUGGACGUGGACGUGGACGUGGACGUGGACGUGGACAUGGACGUGGACAUGGACGUAAACGUGGACAUGGACGUGGACGUGGACAUGGACGUGGACGUGGACGUGGACGUGGUUGUGGACGUGGACGUGGACGUGGACGUGGACGUGGACGUGGACGUGGACGUGGACAUGGACGUGGACAUGGACAUGGACGUGGACAUGGACGUGGACAUGGACGUGGAGGUGGACGUGGACAUGGACGUGGACGUGGACAUGGACGUGGACGUGGACGUGGACAUGGACGUGGACGUGGACAUGGACGUGAACAUGGACGUGGACGUGGACAUGGACGUGGACCUGGUCGUGGACGUCGAGGUGGACGUGGAAGUGGACGUGGACAUGGACGUGGAAGUGGACGUGGACAUGGACGUGGACGUGGACGUGGACAUGGACGUGAACGUGGACGUGGACAUGGACGUGGACGUGGACGUGGACGUGGACAUGGACGUGGACGUGGACGUGGACAUGGACAUGGACUUGGACGUGGUCGUGGACGUGGAAGUGGACGUGGACGUGGACGUGGACGUGAACGUGGACGACGUGGACAUGGACGUGGACGUGGACGUGGACGUGGUCGUGGAUGUGGACGCGAACCUGGAAGUGGACGUGGUCGUGGAUGUGGUCGUGGUCGUGGACGUGGAGGACGUGGUUGUGGACGUGGACGUGGACGUGGAAGUGGACGUGGUCGUGGUCGUGGACGUGGUCGUAGACGUGGACGUGGUCGUCCUCGACGUAGAGGUGGACGUGGACGUGGACAUGGACGUGGUCGUGGACGUGGAGGACUUGGAUGUGGACGUGGAUGUGGACUUGGACCUGGACGUGGACGUGGACGUGGUCGUGGACGUGGACAUGGUCGUGGAGGACAUGGACGUGGACGUGGACGUGGACGUGGUCGUGGACAUUGACGUGGACGUGGACGUGGUCGUGGACGUGGACGUGGACGUGGUCGUGGACGUGGACGUGGACGUGGUCGUGGACUUGGACGUGGACGUGGACGUGGACGUGGACGUGGUCGUGGACGUGGAGGACUUGGACGUGGACAUGGACGUGGUUGUGGACGUGGACGUGGACGUGGAAGUGGACGUGGUCGUGGUCGUGGACGUGGUCGUAGACGUGGACGUGGUCGUCCACGACGUGGAGGUGGACGUGGACGUGGACAUGGACGUGGUCGUGGACGUGGAGGACUUGGAUGUGGACGUGGAUGUGGACUUGGACCUGGACGUGGACGUGGACGUGGACGUGGUCGUGGACGUGGACGUGGUCGUGGAGGACAUGGACGUGGACGUGGACGUGGACGUGGUCAUGGACAUGGACGUGGACGUGGACGUGGUCGUGGACGUGGACGUGGACGUGGUCGUGGACGUGGACGUGGACGUGGACGUGGUCGUGGACUUGGACGUGGACGUGGACGUGGACGUGGACGUGGUCGUGGACGUGGAGGACUUGGACGUGGACAUGGACGUGGACGUGGACGUGGACGUGGACCUGGAGGUGGUCGUGGACGUGGACGUGGUCGUGGACGUGGACGUGGACCUGGACGUCGACGUGGACGUGGACCUGGACGUGAACGUGGACCUGGACUUGGACGUGGACGUGGAUGUGGACGUGGUCGUGGAGUGGACGUGGUCGUGGAUGUCGACGUGGACGUGGACGUGGUCGUGGACGUGGACGUGGAAGUGGACGUUGACGUGGUCGUAG